AUGAUGCACACUUUCCCCGCCUCGUUCUGCGCCCCUCAGGCUGCUGAGCCCAGAUUCUUUCCCCUUUUCCGCCUUCUGAGCGACUUUGACAACUACUCGCAAGAGGGCCGCGGUGUUUCGAUUUCACCUGCUCCUGCAUCUCGCCAACAGCGCGUCAAGCAGGCCCGCCCGCAACCCAUCACCGUCCACCCCAGGUUCGACGUCCGGGAGACAGAAGAAGCCUACGAACUCCACGGCGAGCUUCCCGGUCUGGAGCGCGAGAACAUCAGCAUCGAGUUCCCUGAGCACCAAACCAUCGUCAUUAGUGGCAGCGUCGAGCGCAACUACGCCUCGGACGCAACCAAAGACAAUGCCACGCACGAGGAGCCAACGCCCUCUGAGGCAGAGACCGAGACCGAGAAGCCGCGUCGCAACUCCCACCAGGCGACGGUAGAGGACGACCCGGAGGACGAGAACACCCCCGCAUCCAGCCGGGACUCGUCUCCUUGGAUGGACGUCGCCAAGCCCGUCGCUCGCGCCGCUGCCGAGGAGACCACCCAGACACCGGCGCAGACUCCCAAGGACCAGUCCAAGUAUUGGCUCCGGGAGCGCUCCGUCGGACGCUUCUCGCGCACCAUCACUUUCCCCGCCCGCAUCGACGAGGAUAACGCCACGGCCACCCUGAAGAACGGCAUCUUGAGCAUAACUGUGCCGAAGGCGAAAGUCUCUACGCCGACAAGGAUUCAGAUCACCGCUUGA